AUGGGCGCGGGGCCCGCGCAGGGCGCGGGGCAGGGCGCCGACGAGGCGGAGCAGCUGCGGAAGCAGCUCGAGGAGCAGCAGGCGCAGAUGGCGAAGCUCCAGGAAACGAUUAUGCAAAUGCAACAGCAGGUCGGGGCGCAGCAAGCCGGGAGCGGGGCGAUGCAGAGCGCGGCGUACCCCGCGAUGCAAGGCGGCGUGCCCAUGGGCAUGCCCGACCCCAUGGGAGGCGGCAUGAUGCCAGGCCUCAUGGCGCCAAACGUCAUGGCUCAGAUGCUCGCGCUCAUGACGAAGAAGAAGAAAAAGAAGGACCGCCGCCGCUCCCGGUCCCGCUCCGCCUCGUCCAGCCGCUCCCGGAGCCGCUCGCGCUCCCGCAGCCGCGACCGGCACACCCGCCGCGGGCGCCGCAACAAGGUCUCGCGCGGGCGGAGCGCGAGCGCGGACUCGAUGUCGCGGUCGCCGACGUACUCGCGGAGCCCGUCGCCGCGCGGGCGCCGCGAUCUGUCGGGCCCGAGCCACUCGCUGCUGCAGCAACAAGCAAAGGAGGUGCUACGGCAACAAAAGGCCAAGGACGGCAAGGCGGGGGGGGUGUUGAGCAGGCUGGUGCCGCAGCCCGGGGGCGGGGGGCGCGGGCGCGGGUCGCAGCGGGAUCCGCGCCGCGGGGGCAAGAAGAACCGCACGGUGUGGGGGGACGAAGGGCAGGAGUGA